CUAUCUUGAUUUUGGGUUGGCGAUACCUAAACUUAGCUUCCAAGGGAUGGUAUCCUCACUGAAAGAAAUUCUAGAGCUCGCUCCAAUGAAUAAGGUCAUGAUCAACACGGGUGGCAUCGCGUUUGCUGAAAGAUUUUAUUUAGGUGCGAGGAAAGCACGUGAAGUGGUGUUCAAAGUUCUAUGGGAUGCGUGCAUCGAUGGUGAUCUUUCAAUUACAGAAGCUCUUGUAGCUGUCAAUGAUAUUUUUGCCCAAAAUGCAAAGCAAUUCUACAAGCUUGAUGCUUCUUCAAGAUAUUCCGAUGCAGAAUCUCAGUCUUUAUCAUCUCCCUUCCAAAAGGAAGAGUUAAAUGGCCCAUUGACGGAUGUUAAACUUGUUCGCCUUAUGUGGUUAGAUUUCUCUGCGCAACAUAGAUGUCGUGUAAGCUUUACUUUAUGUGUUUACCUCUCUACCUUACAGUUAUGAAUUGUUUAAUGAUAAGCUUCCCGAAGCGUGCAACUUUCAGAAAAUACAGGAGUUUGAAUAGUGUACAACAAAGUUCUUGUCUAUCAACAACAAAAGAUUCCUUUAUUGGGGAAUUAGCUUAAAGUA